UGCAUCAUUUUCUCUACUCCAAAUCUCAUUCUCAUAAACCCUAAACACAGAAAAACAGUCAUUAGGAAAAAGUUUAAUUAGUACUCAUUAAACACUAAUCCAGUUUCAACAGUCAACAACUAUGAUGGCUGAUAAAGAAAACACCAACAUUUCUUUUUCUAAUAAUUGGUAUCGUAAGCCCACUGCAACGUUGUCCGAAGUUCGUUUUCAGAUUCAUGGCGAGCAAUAUUGUCUAGAUAGAAAACAUCUGACAGCAAAAUCAGGCAAAUUUGCUGCCUUACUGAAAAAUCACAAGAAUGAAGAGCUUGCUUAUGCUUUUAAGAACAUACCCGGAGAUUCCACAACUUUUCAACUUGCCAUGAAUUUUUGUUACGGCCGUGAAGUAAACUUUACAGCCGUUAAUGUUGUUCCUCUUAUUUGUCUUGUUUUCUACCUCGACAUGACUGAAGAUCAUUGUAAGGGAAAUCUCUUAAACAUUGCAUUAUGCUUCUUUUACUCGAAAAUCCUACCUACAUGGAACGAAGCUGUUAAGGCGUUGCAAACCACAGAACUGGUUUUUGACGAGGCGAGUCAUCUUGGUUUGGUUGAUUCCUGUCUAGAGUCUUUACUUUCGAAGGCCCGUCAGAAUCCUCGCCUCCUUGGAGAACCAUUCAAGAAACCAAUCCACAGUGACGAUGGAGUCAGUAACAAAAAUGGUGAUUGUAGACCAAAUGCAAGGAAGAAAUUGUUUGCACCUAAUCAGCGGCCAUCAUCAGAGGCUUUUACAUCAUUAAGUCUACGGCUUUAUGAUCUGACCAUAUCGAAUAUGGUUCAAAAUGGGGUGCAACCGGAAUACAUAGCUGCUUCUCUUUACAAAUACGCAAAGAAAUGGGCCAAUGUUGACAUCACAGGGGAAGAAGCAGUUAAGGAUUGUAAAGAAGUCAUUGAAACAAUAGAGAAGCUCUUGCCUGACGAAACCGAAGUACUUCCCUGCAAAUUGUUGUUUGAGAUGCUCCAGACUGCAAUUGUCUUCCACGCCAGCCCAAGCUGUAGGUAUGGAUUUGAAACGAGGAUAGGCAAGCAGCUAAAAGAAGCCGCAGUUGAAGAUUUAUUGAUUCCGUCUCAAAGUUAUGCAUCUGAAAUGCAAUUUGAUACAGCUUGUGUGAAAAGGAUACUAAAAAACUUCUAUGCCAACUACAAUGCGUCAGACAAUGUGGGCAUGAUCAAAGUCGCGGAGCUCAUAGAAGAUUUCCUGUCCACAAUUGCAAGAGACGUAAAUCUCACCAAGGAUUCGUUUAUUUCACUCUCCGCAGUAUCCGUAGCAACAUCAGUAGAAACAAAACGAUACUCAGAUGGAGUAUACCGGGCCAUCAAUAUCUACUUGGACAAACACAACUACCUGACAGAAGCCGAGAAAGAAGAAGUAUGUCAAAGUCUGGAUUGCUCCAGGUUGUCUCCAGAAGCGUGCACUCACGCUGCACAAAACAGUCUAUUGCCACUCAGGGUUGUAGUGCAGGCGUUAUUUGCUAGCCAGCUGCACCUAAGAGAGGUUAUCACCACAAGGGCUGAAGACUCGGAUAACGGGUCCAGAAAAGACGAAUCCAUCAUUGUAAGCGACAUUACUGACGAUGCACGGAUCGAAAUGGAGCACCGAGUGAUCGAGCUGGAGAACGAGUGUGACAGAAUGAAGAAACAAAUAGAGCGUGGCGUCGCGAAAGAGAAAAACAGCACUUGGAAGGCUUUGAAAAGGAAGCUUGGAUGCAUGAAUGGCAGCCAUGCCUACACUGAUUGUCAAGUUAAGAAGAAGGUCCAUCCUAGAAAUGGUGCCUAGCUAGCUGGUUAAUGUGCAAAUCUAAAUUCUUGUUUAAGAACUUAAUCUUUAAAUUGUUGGUGCAGAAUUUGCUAUAAUGUAGAAUUUUUGUUAACGUUUUCAAUGAAAAUGGCACUGAAAAUUU